AUGAGUCAGCUGUCGCACAUCCAUGCGGCACCACUUACAAGUGGCCAGAAGCAUAUUACCACGAUGAGGCUCAUGAAAUCCAAAUAUGAAUCGAGUGCAACGACCAACCCAACAGAUAAGAAAGAGCCGGGACGCAACCGGAGAAGCAGGGGGGGGGGGUUCAUCCCCCAGUGGAGAGAAAAGUACCACUUCCAGUACGUGAUCGGUGCCGGCACGGAGCGAGUCGCGGACCGACGUCCUUCGUCCGGUUCCACUUCCGCCAAGGACUCCCUCAUCGGGUCCCGCACGUUCUGCCGCACCUUCCCCUGGCAUUUCAUUACCGAUCGGGGGAUGAGGAUCCUCCAGCUGGGCACCGGGCUCUCCGCCUUGUUCGGGCACGACGACGUCGUCGGCGUCCGACGAGUGUCCGAGUUCUUCGAGGUCUUAGGGCCCGACCCGGACCUGGAACUCGAGUGGGAGAACAUCACGCUGCGCCUCAACGUCCCCUUCACGCUCAGGGUCAAGAAGGUUCUCAACGGCAUCUCCAAGCUCACUAUCGGAAUGGAGCUGAAAGGGCAGAUGGUGUCAUGCGAAGAGUCGGAUUCCCUGCUCUUCCUCGGCUCCCCCCUCGUCGACGGCCUGGACUCCUUGACGUCCAAGGGACUCUACAUAUCCGACAUCCCUGUCUACGACAUGACCAGGGAUGUCAUGCUCGUCGGGGAACAUUCCCGCGCACAGGAGAGCUUGAAGAGGCGUAUGGACGCGCUGAAGAAAUCGAUCGAAGAGGCGAGUCAUGCCGUGGAUCUAGAACAAGAAAAAAACGUGAACCUCCUCCAUCUCAUCUUCCCUCCCGACAUAGCCAAGAGGCUCUGGCUCGGUGAGACGAUCGAGGCGAAGCAGCACAAGGAGGUGACGAUGCUGUUCAGCGACAUCGUGGGCUUCACGGGGAUCUGUGCCUCGGCCACGCCGUUGCAAGUCAUCGACAUGCUCCAGCAGCUUUACACGCAGUUCGAUUCCCUGUGCGAUCAGUUCGACGUCUACAAGGUGGAAACAAUAGGGGACGCGUAUUGUGUUGCGGGGGGAUUGCAUAAACCCAGCACGACCCAUGCUCAAAGGACGGCCUGGAUGGCCCUCCGAAUGAAACAAAUUUGCUCCCACCAUCGAACUCACGAUGGCCUGCCCAUCAGGAUGCGGAUCGGCCUGCACACGGGGGACGUUCUGGCGGGGGUGGUGGGUCGGACCAUGCCCCGAUACUGCAUGUUCGGCAACAACGUUUCCCUCACGAACAAGUUCGAAUCGCUCAGCCAACCGCAGGAGAUCAACGUCAGCCCGACUACCUACGAGUAA